AUGUCGCGACGUGACUACGCUCAAGACAGAGAGUCUAUUAAAACUUUUUUGACGGAGUACUGCAAGUGUGAUGACGAUGGCAAAAAGGAAUUUGUUUAUGGCUCGCAGCUGGUGAAGCUGGCGCAUCGCGAGCAAGUGCUAAUCACAAUUGAUCUUGAUCAUUUGGCAGACUUCAAUGAGAGCUUGGCAGAGGCGGUAACUGAGAACUGCCGACGCUAUGCGUCCAUUUUUAGUGAUGUUAUAGCCGAACUGCUGCCAAGCUAUAAGCAGCAUGAGGUGCACGCCAAGGAUGCAUUGGAUGUGUAUAUCGAGCAUCGCUUGAUGAUGGAUGCGCGCACUAGAAAUCCAUUAGAGCAGCGUGACGAGCGCAAUGCUUUUCCCCCAGAGCUCAUGAAGCGUUUCGAAGUGGGCUUCAAGCCACAGUCCACGGAAAAGGCCAGCUCCAUACGCGAGGUCAAGGCGCAGCAUAUAGGAAAGCUAGUCACUGUGCGCGGCAUUGUAACGCGUUGCACUGAAGUCAAGCCCAUGAUGGUGGUGGCUACCUAUACCUGCGAUCGUUGUGGCUCCGAGACCUAUCAGCCCAUUAACUCGCUAUCUUUCAAUCCCGUGUCCGAGUGUCCCUCGGAUGAUUGUCGCGUCAACAAGGCAGGCGGUCGUUUGUAUCUGCAGACGCGUGGCUCGAAGUUCGUCAAGUUCCAGGAGCUCAAAAUGCAGGAGCACAGCGAUCAGGUACCUGUGGGUCAUAUACCCAGAACUAUGACAGUGCUGUGUCGUGGCGAGGUGACGCGCAUGGCUCAGCCAGGAGAUCAUGUGCUUGUCUCUGGUAUAUUUUUGCCCAUGGUGCGCACAGGCUUUGCGCAAAUGAUGCAAGGGUUGCUCUCGGAGACAUUUGUGCAGGCGAAUCGCAUUAUCUGCAUUAACAAAAACGAUGAUAUCACAGACAAAGAGGCAGAGUUGACGCCUGCAGAGCUGGAAGAGCUAGCUCAGGAUGAUUUCUAUGAGCGUCUGGCCACCAGCUUGGCGCCUGAGAUUUAUGGUCAUCUUGAUGUAAAGAAGGCUUUGCUUUUGCUGCUGGUAGGCGGCGUGGAUAAACGUCCAGAUGGCAUGAAAAUUCGCGGCAAUAUUAACAUUUGCCUGAUGGGCGAUCCUGGUGUGGCCAAAUCUCAGCUGCUGGGCUACAUAAGCCGUCUGGCUUUACGCUCGCAGUACACGACUGGACGCGGUUCGUCUGGGGUGGGCUUAACAGCAGCUGUUAUGAAGGAUCCGUUAACCGGAGAAAUGAUUUUGGAAGGCGGUGCUUUGGUGCUGGCAGAUCAGGGCGUCUGCUGCAUUGAUGAGUUUGACAAAAUGGCGGAUAAUGAUCGCACAGCUAUACAUGAGGUUAUGGAACAGCAGACCAUAUCCAUAGCUAAGGCGGGCAUAAUGACAACGUUGAAUGCGCGUGUUUCUAUCUUGGCUGCAGCUAAUCCUGCCUUUGGUCGUUACAAUCCACGCCGUACUGUCGAGCAGAAUAUUCAGCUGCCAGCUGCGCUGCUCUCGCGUUUCGAUUUGCUUUGGCUCAUACAAGAUAAACCCGAUCGUGAUAACGAUUUGCGCUUGGCUAAACAUAUCACCUAUGUACAUAGUCAUAGCAAGCAGCCACCAAGUCGCGUCAAGUCGCUGGACAUGAAUCUAAUGCGUCGCUAUAUAAAUCUGUGUAAGCGCAAAAAUCCAACUAUUCCCGAUGAACUCACCGACUAUAUUGUGGGUGCCUAUGUGGAGCUGCGCCGUGAGGCACGCAAUCAAAAGGACAUGACCUUUACCUCGGCGCGUAAUCUGCUCGGCAUUUUGCGUUUGUCUACAGCUUUGGCGCGCCUGCGUUUGUCUGAUCGCGUGGAGAAAGAUGAUGUGGCGGAAGCUUUGCGCUUGCUGGAAAUGUCAAAGGACUCGCUUAAUCAAAUACAUGAGCACCAAAAGGGACAUGUGCCCAACACUUCGGAUCGGAUUUUCGCCAUUGUGCGUGAGCUUGCAGGCUCGGGCAAGGCUGUUAAGGUAGCCGAUAUUAUGGAUCGCUGCACCACAAAGGGCUUCAAACCCGAUCAAGUGGAUAAGUGCAUUGACGACUAUGAGGAGCUAAAUGUUUGGCAAAUAAACAUGGGACGCACCAAAAUUACAUUCAUUUAAAAUCAUUUACAAACUACAUACCUAUCAUCAAUCAUUCAAUCUACAUAGUUUGUAAGUGCAAUCAUUU